AUGCUCUGGGAGCCGCUGCGACCUGCGGGCCCAGCCGUCAAGAACCAUACCGCCACAGCCAUUUCUGCACAUGAGCUACUAGUAUUUGGUGGAUAUGACGGUCGUCGCAAUCACAAUGCGCUGCAUUUGUUAGACGUAAGACGCCGCACAUGGCGGGAGCUGUCGCAUGAGACUCGCGGUCGGGCUCCUGCAGGUCGCAACGGCCACACGGCUACACUAGCGGAGCGCAAACUUUUCAUUUUAGGCGGAUGGUUGGGCAGUGGCCCGCUCGCAGCAGCUGACUUGCACGUACUGCAUCUAAAUACGCUCACAUGGGAACAGCCGGAGCUUACGGCCACACUCGGUCCGUGCAACAUGCAUACGGCUGACUAUGUACAUCACUUGCGCAGCAUUCUCGUUUUUCGUGGGGGAGACGGUCGCGAGUACCUGAACGACUUACAUGCGCUGCAGAUCGACUCUAUGAUGUGGACUAGUGUUCGCACUCGUGGCCGUGCACCAGCUCCUCGCGCGAACCACAGCUCAGCGUUAGUGGGGAACAAUCUGCUCGUUUUUGGAGGAUGGGAUGGGAGGCAAAGACUUAACGAUAUCCACGUUCUGGACACGCGGAACAUGACGUGGUCAGGUGUGGCCGACGAGUUCAAAGUCGACACAAGGCAUUACGUGGCACCACCACUUCCUCGAGCGGGUAUGACCAUGGUUCGUCAUAAAAAUCGAUUAUUCAUAUUCGGAGGCUCUGGCCCUUCGGCCAAAUGCUACGAUGACCUUCAUGUAUAUGACCCAAGUAAACAUCAGUGGGUUGAGACUGUAGCUGUCGCUACAACCGAAAAUAGUGACAAGCAGAAGGAAAGAAGGAGAAUAAAUUCCCGAUCAAGUCGGGAAUGUAGACAGUCUCAGUCUCGGUGGGACAUUUAUGAAGAUGAAGACCAGCAAUAUAGAAAUUGGCGUGAAAAUGACGCCGACGAAGUUGAUAGUGAGGAAGAAUUUGAAGAUGCACAUAGCGAUAGUGAGGCCAUGAUGGUGGCGCAAGGUCUGGCCUCGAACUCAUGCGACUCAGGGAAUCCGAACGAGAUGUGUGAGCUUACAGACGUGGAGACAACUGAUCGAAAGGAACCUGUAUUUAUCGUAGGGAGAGGUCCUGGAAGACGAGCUGGCCACACGUGCACAGUGGUUGACCACACGGAUCCUCCUCCAAGGGCUUCGAUAACACUUCCGCCACCUGCAAGAAUGUUACGGUGUGCACUGGGUCACUAUGUUGACUGCGAGGAGUUUGCCGAUAUUUCCUUUCUUGUUGAAGGACGUGUGAUCUACGCACACAAGCUCAUUUUGGCAGCCUUAAGUGCGCGAUUUCGAGCCAUGUUUUCGUCUGGUUUUCGAGAGACUCACGAGGCUCAAAUCGUAAUUCCGGAUAUGCGCUGCGAGGUUUUCUUGCUACUUCUGGAAUAUCUUUACACAGGACACAUUCAAACACACGAUGAUGCUUUUGCCAUGUGCUCAAAUGCUUAUGAUGAGCUUGAGCAAGAUUUUGUAAGCAACAACAUAGCAGCGUGCCCCCAAUCGGCGGACGGCCUUAAUGAAAUCGAAGCAGCAUGUCGCCGACAGUCCGUGCGAUCUCAGUCGCUCGAUUUGAAGCUGGAAAGAGAAUUGGAGUCGCUAUUAGAGCUACUUAUAGCUGCCGAUCAAUUUAUGCUCGAUCAUUUGAAGCAGCGCUGUGAGCGGACACUACAGUACGCAGUGCGCAUUGGUAGCGUCGAAGCCAUAUCAGAAGCAGCUGAACAGGCCAAUGCCAUUCAGCUGCAAGCAGUAUGUCAGCAUUUCUUACGCAACUAUCCUGUGCCUAUUCCUUUCACCGGCGAUACUUGUUUGAUUGAAGGAGAAGUGAUUGACAAUAAUAGUUACCUACACAAUUAUGGUUCUUGA